AUGAGCGUCAUUCUCUGCACUGCGGGUUACGACCACACUAUUCGGUUCUGGGAGGCACUGUCUGGAAUCUGUUCGCGCACAAUUCAGCAUCCAGAUUCGCAAGUGAACCGUCUCUGCAUCACGCCAGACAAGCGGUUCCUGGCCGCCGCUGGACACAACAAUGUCAAACUGUAUGACAUCAAGUCUACCAAUCCCAAUCCGGUCAUGACCUUCGAUGGCCACACGAAUAACAUCACGGGUGUCGCGUUUCAUUGCGAGGGAAAGUGGAUGGUCACCAGUUCCGAGGAUGGCACUGUCAAAGUGUGGGACACGCGCACCGGCAGUUUGCAGCGCAACUACGCCCACAAAGCCCCGGUGAACGACGUGGUCAUCCAUCCCAACCAGGGCGAACUCAUCAGUGGAGAUCGCGCCGGUAUCGUUCGUGUCUGGGAUCUGGGAGAGAGUGUCUGCACCCACCAGCUGAUCCCCGAAGACGACGUCGCCGUACAUAGUGUGAGCGUCGCUAGCGACGGGUCCCUCCUUUGCGCAGGAAACAAGAAGGGCAACGUUUACAUCUGGCGCAUGAUUCAAGAUGCCGAGCUCACCCGCAUUGUCCCCAUUUGCACCUUCCAAGCACACAAAGACUACCUUACCCGCGUCCUCCUCUCCCCGGACGUCAAACACCUAGCAACAUGCUCAGCAGAUCACACCGCAAAAGUAUGGAAUCUUGACCUCGAUUACCCUCCCGCGAAGAUGGCCGCCGCCAAAGCCAAAGCCCAGGCGCUUGCGGCACCCGAAUCAUCAUCAUCUCCGACAUCGACACCCGACAGCCAAGACCCAUUGUCCCCCAACAGCAAUAAAUCCGAGAUCGAAAUCAAUCCUCUCAGUCUUUUUAACGGUACACCGCCAAUUGUCAACAACGAGCCCCAGCAAACUUUCCCCGUCCAGCCAGACGGUCCUCCUAUGGACCCCACCACAGGCACUCUCUUCCUCGAAACUACGCUUGCGAACCACCAACGUUGGGUUUGGGACUGUGCCUUCUCCGCCGACUCUGCGUACCUUGUCACCGUAUCUAGUGACCACUAUGCGCGUCUGUGGGAGCUGGCAUCGGGACAGAUCAUUCGACAAUAUAGUGGUCAUCAUCGCGGGGCGGUAUGCGUGGCAUUGAAUGAUUACUCCGAACCCCGGUAG